GCUUAGCUGCACAAAGGCCCUUCUCUUGGAAGUCGGCCCCUGCGUUCGCGCUUCUCGUUGUUGAGGCAUCCGCUCUUCUUUGAAGCUGUCAAGACACAGUGAGGCAAAAUGGUGCGCAUCAGUGUGCUGAACGAUGCCCUCAAGAAUAUGUUCAAUGCUGAGAAGCGCGGCAAGCGCCAGGUCUUGCUCAAGCCUUCGUCGAAAGUGAUUAUUAAGUUUCUGACCGUCAUGCAGAAGCACGGUUACAUUGGAGAAUUCGAGUUGGUUGAUGACCACCGUGCGGGGAAGAUCGUAGUGGAGCUCAAUGGAAGGCUGAAUAAGUGCGGCGUCAUUAGUCCCAGGUUCAACAUUUCCGUCAAGGAGAUUGAAGACUGGACUGCCAGACUUCUUCCCUCUCGUCAGUUUGGUUACAUCGUGCUAACGACGUCGAGCGGAAUCAUGGACCACGACGAGGCCAGGCGGAAGAACAUCGGAGGCAAAGUUCUUGGCUUUUUUUACUAAAAAACGUUUAAGUACUUUGACACAGUUUUGCCUGGAUGCCAGCAGUUGAUGACGCGGCGGCCGAUUGCUCGGUGCCUGCAAAUGGUUAAGGGGGGAGGGGGGGGGUGAAAAUGGACGUCGAGUACAAGCAGAGGAGGAAGUCGGCGAGAACGUUCCUCUCGGAUCGACAGCCAAUGGAGAGGCAAGCCGAUCCAGAGGACUUCUUACAUGUUCGCACACAUCCAGUGUUGAUUGUUCUUUACUAUUGUUGAAGAGGCUAUUGGCUCAAAAGAGGGCAUUUUUGAAAUUUGCGGAUCAUUUGGGUGUCUUUUCGCAACUCAAAUUUGUCGUCUGCUGCUUAACGUCAAAAAAAAAAAAACACGAUCGUCUUCACAUUUGUCUGGUUGUCUGAUGUUGAAAUCUCUGUGUGCAUUAACGGAAGUUUUUUUUCCCCUUUUUUUCUCCUAUUUCAUCUGGUGUUUUUUUCCUCUUUUUCUUUUUUUCUGUAUUCGAACGCUGGUCUGCAUUCCAACAGUUAGUUCAUGGGCUGCAUUCCAACAGUUAGUUCAUGGGUGUUGUACCAACUGAGCUGCCUUCUUUCCCCCGAAUACAACGUACGGCCAUUAUGACAGUUGUAUUUAGACUGAAAGGUACCCCAAAUACAGCGAAAAUGACCGUACGUUGUAUUCGGUGGAAGAAGGUAGGAUGUGGGUAGGUAGACCAGCACACAUUGUUGUUGACGUCAUACUACCGGUAGCUACACAUAAUUGCUGCGACAACAGAUAAUAAUUAAUUACCGACGUCAACCCAACGGAGCUAUAGGGCCCAUUGGGGUCUUUAUAGGCCAAUUGGGGUCUUUGACUUUUAGGUUCGGUUGGGUUAUUGUCGGUUUUAUGCUAAUCGUCCUCAUUCAGUCAUUUCAUUUCGGUUGAAUUCCUAGACCUUUCUAAACAUUAUUACUUUUUUAUCGAGUCUUUUAGGAUCUUGUCUUGCUUGUGAGGUUGUCUAUGGCCCGCACAUUCUGUGGAAGUCAAAAUGAUUGGGAUGGCUUGUUGUAGACUUGCCCUUUCAUUUUUUUCCCCAAAGAAUGAAUUACCAAUUCAUUG